UUUUGUGACGCUGUUAUUGUUUGCGGUUGAUAAACAUCUCGCCACUAGAAUGGAGCUUAUGAAUAAAGAAAUAUUGAUGUGGACGAAAGACGUGGCGAUGAAUUCAGUGGCGGCAUUCAAGCAAGAUCCGAAGUUAGCUGCUGCCAUAGACAAGUUGCAUAGCGGCAUCCAGCAAGCCAGUUUAGAUCUGAACGCUCAAAAAAGUUUAGUGCUUCCUGAUCGGAAACUUGAAUUUUCCGAAGUUCAAAGUCUAUUAAAACAAUCUUUAAAAACUCAUACAGACAAACCACCAGAUGUGUUACUUAAGGAAGCAAUUGAUGCUAGAAAGUUGCUUAUAAAGAAGGUAGAAGACAUCUUGGGUGAAAUCAAUAGCACUGCGGAAGCUGGAAAUAUACCUAAAUUGACAAUAAGGAACCAGAGGCUCUGGAGCAAUUGUAUCUAUGACUUAGAUCGUGUAACAUUGAAAUCUAACAAAGACGCAAAGAAGACUACAGUAACGUAUAACAGCAAGGAAGACAAAACCAGGUUUAAUACUAUAGUUUUUGUUUUAACGAAAGUGCACGAGUUGCUGACUAAAAACUUAGCAGUUACCAGAAGGGAACUAUUUUACCAAAAUGUCUCUCGUCUCCGGAACCAAGCAAACCUGGAUGUAGCAGUGAGAGACGUGUGUUGUCUGCUGGAGACGCCACCGUGGAGUCUUGGUAUCGUGGCCACGGCUAAAGGUCUGAUAGCAGGCCCGCUGACGAUGCACAACAGAGAUGGAUCUAUUGUAGACUGCAUGGCAUCUGGUGGAACAUUGAUACCACAGGAUAUAAACGGAAUCAAAGAAUUCAGAUCUACUGCGAAGUAUAUCUUAGUGGUGGAAAAAGAUGCUAUUUUCCAAAAGCUUUUGGACGAAGGAGCUCUUAUAAGAUUAGGCCCAGUUAUUAUUAUGACCGGCAAAGGAUAUCCAGAUGUAUGCACUCGACAGUUGCUGUGUCGUUUGUGUUCAGAGCUGCGCCUGCGCGCUCUAGCAUUGGUGGACGCCGAUCCUCAUGGUUUUGAGAUAUUUCUCACCUACAAGUACGGGUCUUUGGCCCAAUCGCAUCUGUCUACAACCCUCGCUUGCAGCUCUCUGUCACUGCUUGGCGCUCGUCAUCAUGACGUCAUGACUCUAGCGCCCACCGAGGCCCGUUUACACCUCACCGAGCUUGACAAACGGAAACUGAAUUCUCUGAUACGAAGACCGUAUUUGGAAACUUCUAGUGGUACUCGUAUAAAAGAAGAGCUGUCUACAAUGCUGAGUAGUGCAGUGAAGGCGGAGAUUGAAGCCGUGGCCCCAACGGCCGCUGCCCUGUGUGACGCCUACCUCCCCGCUAAACUGAUACAGGCUGAAUAUCUAGGAUAAUUUGACAAAUCAUCAUAUUACACAAAAGUCGUCAAAUAAUCUAACUUAAAAUUACUUAACCUAGAACCCACUCCGUUUCAAACUUGGCCCAAAAGUGCCCAUGACACUAGCAGCGUUACCGCGCUGGAUUGCCACGGACAACCUCUGAGCCAAGUAAGACCCGGAGCGGGG